CUCCAUCAACAAGAUGAAAGGACGAGGAGCUGAGCGAUGUCACGAUGAUAUUGAGAUCAGAAUUAUCCGCACAAGAACAAGAAAAGAUCAUGACCUCCAAAAUAUGCAUUUUUCCGGAUCGUUCAAGCGCGCGUUGUUGGAUUUGCGCCAACAAAUUUCGUUGGCGUGGCGUGCUUUCGUUACCAACUUGUAUGCAGGGUGCGGGGAAGAUUCAGUUCUUUCAGAGGCUCAGGCUUCUGGCAGAAGAGGGCGUGGGCGUACAACUGCUUUUGUAACAGAUCGUCAAAUAUCCGAUUACAUAGCAGAGAGCGAGGGUAUAUCAGACGAUCGGCAAUUGCCGGCAUUCUAUCACCAGCGACGCGUUGUUAGUAGUCAUGAAGAUAGUUCCGAGGCCCCAGAAGCUUUUCCAGCGUACCGAGACACUGACCUUGGCGGGGUAAGGAUACCCUUAGCUGUAGUCGCUGUUAAUGCUAUCCCAACAGCACAUCCUGCUCCUGGUGGGUCAUCAGGUACAGGUUCAGGGCACCAUGCUGG